GAAGCCUGUCUGCAAAUGUGCUUUUAAUUUUAGAAGUUAAUUUAAAUGAAAAUGAAAUAACAUAUUUGUAACUAAUGAACCAAACAACAGUAAAACUCUAAUUAAGCAUCAAGCACUAGGUGGUUAGGAACAAAGAGUAAAAGGCAGAUAUGUCGAACUAACACUGAGGCACACGCACAGAGGGCUGGAACAAAGAAAUGUUAAUUAAAAGAUAAUGUCAAAGGAAUGGAAUGUUUUGUUGGGAUAAUGGUCUCCUGCUGCUCUAUAAAUGUUGAGGUGACAUCCAGGCAUCCAUCAAAAUGAAGGCCAGCCAAAGACAGCAGAUUUAGAAAGGCAAGAUAUUUGUCCGCAGCUUUCAUAAAGGGGCAGUGUGCCUCCCGAGGAAAGAGUGCUUCUGUGCUUUGUGCACUGCUUGACAGAUAUUGCUGUUAUGGAUGGGCCGUUAUUCAUGAUGGUGUUAUUGACUUAGCUGUACAAUUGCUUAAGAAAUGCUGUUUGUGUACGUUCAAGCAGGAUUAGUGCCUUUUGACUUGGAGCUCAUUUUGCUGCUCCUGGUGGCUGUGGAUAGCAGCUGCUCCCUCCUGGGGAGUCCUGGCCUGACAGCGUUGGUGUUUCUGCUCACUGAGACACCAUCACUACUUCACCUGUGCUAUCCCCGCUCAGCUCCUGCUCUGCUGUCUCUCCACGCUUCCUCAUAUCUCGUUCAUUUUACUUCAUCACCAAGAUCGUAUUUUCCGGCCCACGGGCACUGUUGAUGCGCGAUUGCUGACGCCUCGGUGCAGAACCGCGGCAGGCAGUGGUAAGGCCCAAGAUGGGAGCCCGCGUCUCACUCCUCCGACGACGCAAGUCGGCCCUCCGCCCCGCCCGCCCGGGCUCGGCCCCUCGCUGUCUCCGCCCGCGGCGGGCGGGCCCUGGCGCUGGCGGUGCCGGGCCGCGGGGCGACGGUUCCCCUGCGCGGCCUCGCGGCGCGCCCCGGCCCGGCGGGGGGAUGCCUCACAGAACUGAGUUAUAUGAAGGCGUUCCACCAACCUGCUGGCCUAUCGUGUAUUCUCCAGACUACAACAUCACGUUCAUGGGACUGGAGAAACUACAUCCAUUUGAUGCGGGGAAAUGGGGGAAAGUAAUCAACUUCUUGAAAGAAGAAAAACUAAUUGGAGAUGACUUGAUUGUGCAGGCACGGGAGGCUACUGAUGAAGAUCUUUUGGUUGUUCACACAAGGCGCUACCUUAAUAAAUUAAAGUGGUCAUUUGUUGUGGCUACAAUCACAGAAAUUCCACCAGUUCUCUUUCUUCCCAACUUCCUUGUUCAGAGAAAAGUUUUGAAACCUCUGCGAACCCAGACAGGAGGAACGAUAAUGGCAGGAAAACUUGCAGUUGAUAGAGGCUGGGCAAUCAAUGUGGGGGGUGGUUUUCAUCACUGUUCAAGUGACAAAGGUGGAGGAUUUUGUGCAUAUGCUGAUAUCACACUAGCUAUUAAGUUCUUAUUUGAAAGAGUACCUGGGGUGUCUAAAGCCACAAUUAUUGAUCUGGAUGCUCACCAGGGAAAUGGCCAUGAGAGGGACUUCAUGAAUGAUCAUAGAGUGUAUAUUAUGGAUGUGUACAACAGAUAUAUUUAUCCAGGAGAUGGGUUUGCUAAACGUGCCAUAAAACGCAAGGUGGAGUUAGAGUGGGGUACAGAGGACACAGAAUAUCUUCAGAAGGUACAUACUCAUGUGGAAGGAGCAUUAAAUGAAUUAAAACCUGACAUUAUUGUUUAUAACGCUGGAACUGAUAUUCUGGAUGGCGAUCCAUUGGGAGGACUUGCUAUUUCACCUCAGGGAAUUGUGAAGAGAGAUGAAGUCGUGUUCAAGGCUGCCAGAAGACGCGGAAUCCCGAUCUUGAUGGUGACGUCUGGAGGCUACCAGAAGAGGACUGCACGGAUUAUUGCUGAUUCUAUCCUCAAUUUGCACAACCUGGGGCUUAUUGACAAGGAGCUAGCAGCCGGUGGAGCUGAAAAUCCCAAGGUAGAACAGAUGAUUAGGGACUCUGUAACAGACUUAACCAAUUUAUCACUGCAGUGAUGAGUUAAUAAGUUUUUUCCUUAAAUUUAGUGAUUUGGGAGCAGGAAGUUUCCACAUUAUCAGGGUUAAUAUAAGAAAUUCACAAAGGACUCAGCUUGCCUGUAAAAAUAACCCAGUACAGACAAUACACAGUUGCAGAUUAACUGUGUUUAACUUCUGUAACUGUCUUGAGCAAAGGCAACAAAUUCUUUUGUGCUCAUUUAGAUGUACUCAAGAGUACCUUAUUUGGGUUUAUAAUAUUACUGUAGAAAGCUUUAAUUGCUUCCUAUUGUUAUAGGUUGCCUGUUAUGUUGAAAGACAUAGACCUGUUUGGUGGUACGGUUCAGACAGUGGCCAGAGUAAUCUGCACUAAACUUAUUGAUAUUAUUCUUAGAUACUGUCUUGUAUUUAUUGCUUUUUUAAAAAAAAAGUGUUACAAUGGUUCUGUGCAGUCUUCUACUGUCAAUUUAACACUCAGGUGCAAUAAUAUGGAAAACAGUUCAAUUGCUUGGCUUUUAAGCCACAGCCUAUUAGAAUGAAUGUUUGUUAAUUUAUAUUUUAUUCCUAUUUACAAUAGUGAUGUAGAUCCUGCUUUUAAAUACACUGAAAAUAGAAUAUGAUGGGCAGUAAGGGGUCAGCAAUAAGUGUGGUUUUCGCCUCUCUUGAAAUGAGGCCUGCAUUUAAAGGCAGUAGUUUCUAUGCAUUGUAGUUUGUUUACUCUGAUUUACUAGAAAAAUUAAACCUAAUUGUAGUGUACUGAGAACUGUUGCAGAAAAUGUCAUGUAGAAAUAUAAAAUGCUUUUUAUCACCAACUUGUCAUAUAUAAGCUUUGAAGAGUAAAUUUCAAUUUUUUUCCAGCUAGUGCUGUAUUUCACUUGCUUGAAGAUCACUGGUAGUCAUAGCUACAGCCAUAGUUGGUAACCAAAUUGUUCAUAUUUAGAAAUAAAGUACUGUGAAAUUUCUACGUUAAGCUAAUGUAAUAACCUUAUAUGGGAGGUUCUAGGAGGUACUAUGAUAUGAAACAAAAUAGUGCAUUCAGAAACAAAUUUUUGGUGCGUUGACUGUAACUUUUGUUUUUGUUUAAGUUGGCAUAUUAUGCAUUAAGUACUGUUUGUAACAUUGGGUCUUGAAUGUACUAAACUGUAUACUUGGCAAGAGCUUUCUUAACUUCCAAGUAUUCACUGAUGUUGUGUUCAGGUUCGAGCCUUUCUAUGAAGGGACCCUGAUAUUUUCCAUGUAGAAUUGGUGUGUAAGCUAUUUAAGGAAAGUUUCAUUCUAAUUAGAAUACUUACCUCAGUAAUGUCAUUUUUAAAUUUGAUGUUUAUUCGUUGUUGGAAUUUGCACAAUUGCUAUAAAUAGCUGCUUUAAACCAGAUUUGGCAUAUUGCACUAAUCUUGAUUUGCAACACCAUUGUUAAAAGGCACUUUUAAAUUUCUUACUUAUAGGUGGUCAGAGUACGACUAAUGUUGAGAUUUAUUUUUUCUAUGCUGUCUGUGUUACUGAAAGAUGUUGGUAUUCUUUCAUAUAAUUUUUAUAAAAUUAUAAAUGAAUUUCUAUGAACUAAAACACUGUAAUAGUACAUAUUCUGUUUGUGUUAACUUGUUUGUUUUACUUUAACUCAGUAGAGAUUAAAAUAACGUUGAAUAAUGA